AUGUCAAAUUCAAACUUAAUUAUGGAUCCUGAUAAAGAAAUCGCUGAAGACGAUUCAAGCCGUGCACGUAUUGUCGCAUUCGCAGUACGAGAAGCUUGCGCUAUUGCCUACAAAGGACAAUCCCAACAGAAUUGGGAGAGUGCUUGUAAUGUUAUAAUGCAAAAUAAUUUGCUCACUGAUGCUGAAAAAGCUACAGUAAUCGCUUUACUACAACGUAAAACUAUUCCAUCUGAUAAAACAAUCUGCCCUGGUCCAGUCUUGGUUCAAAGACUGGUCCAGGCAACAGAUUGCGGACCAGACUGA